AAAAAGGGACGUUGGGCGCUCCUGCCGUCACAGUCGGAGACGGAAAGGUGGUUGAAGCCGACUCUGCGUUAAACGAAAUGCGCCCCCAGAAUAAAUGAUGGCUCCGAAAUAUGCCCCCAGCCUCCGCGGAUACCUGCCCCCGAUGACCUUGCUCCUGGAGACGACCUUCAUUUCACUGUUCGCCUUCUUCGUUGAAUAUGAGGACCCUGCAGUUAUCAGUACAGACGUCUACGCUGCAUUCCAGGAUGUGAACGCGAUGGUGCUCCUGGGUUUCGGGUUCCUGGCCUCGUUCCUGGUCCGGUACAGUUUCAGCGGCACCGCGUUCACCCUGCUGGUGACCUCGCUGGCCGUCCAGUGGGCCGUCCUGGUCGACGGCUUCCUGUUCGCGUUCGACCAGGGAAAGAUCCGCAUCGGGAUGAACAGCUUGGCCACAGCCAAUCUGUGCGCUGCCUCUGCGCUAAUCUCCAUGGGGGCGGUCCUUGGAAAGACUAACCCCGCCCACUUGAUGAUCAUGGCCCUGCUGGAGGUUACAGGGUUCAUGGUUAACCGAUGGAUCCUCCAGACCUUUCUGAAGGUGCAGCCCGUAGACGCCAUCAUGCUCCUCCACGUCUUUGGGGCCUGCUUUGGGCUGAUGGUGUCGUGGGUCCUAUACAGGUCCGGACUGGGACCCCGGCACGAGAAGGAGACCACCGACCGCAGGACGGGCCUGUUUGCUGCCCUGGGGGCGCUGUUCCUGUGGAUGUUCUGGCCCAGCUUCAAUUCUGUGCUGAUUAGCCAGGACCACCCGGGGAGCAAGCUGCAGGCUAUCUCCAGCACGUACCUGUCCCUAGCCACAAGCACCGUCGCCGCCUUCCUCGUCUCCGUGGUAACCCAUCCAAGAGGGAAGAUCAACAUGAUCCACAUCCAGAACGCAUCGCUGGCCGGGGGCGUGGCGGUGGGCGUCGCCGUGUCGGCCGUUGACGUGCCUUGGGUCGCCAUGGUGAUCGGCCUGUCGGCGGGCGUCGUCUCCACCCUGGGUUUCCGUUACCUUAAGCCCCACCUUCAGUUGGUAUUCAAGUUCCACGAUACCUGCGGGGUCCUGAGCGUCCAUGCUAUGCCGGGAAUUCUGGGAUGGGCGGCCUACUUCCUCAUCCAGAUGGUCCGCUUGUCCGACAUCACAGAGUAGGUGGCGCCUGCUGUCUCUGGACAGAGACGUCUGCUGCUCACGCUGAGCCUGAGUUUGGGUCUGGGAGCUCUCACAGGCUUCUUAAUAAAGUGGAAUUUGUGGCGGCCCCCCCAGGACAGGAAGUGCUUUGAUGACCAGGCGUAUUGGGAGUUCCCACACCUUGCCGAGCGGAAAUAACGUCAAGGCUUCUUGAGGAGACCAUCAGCAGUACACAAACUAUGCGGUGCACACUGUCCAUCUCGACUUUUAAAAAGACGAGACUCUUUAAAUCUUUCAUUUUGUGUAAAGGUUUUAUUUUUUCGUUUUGGUGGGGGGGGGAGUUGUUAGCUGAAACUCUGCCUGUUUAAUAGCUUAAGCAACAAACAAUUAGAAAAUAAUCUGUGUUGUUUCAUUGAAUUCAUAUUUUGAAAUAAAUCUAUUUUAAAUGUU